GCACUUGUUUGUGUUUCAUUUUAAUUAGAUCACAGUUCGUUUCCUAUUAUUCUAAUCGGAUUACAACAACAAUCGCCACCACUGCUUUCCCCAUCUGGGAAGUCCCUUUUCCCGCUGUUACCAUCUGUAAUUAUAACGUAGUCUACAAAGACGCAACAAUAAAAAUCAGGCAACUAUUACACAAUAGAGUCUCAUCGGCCGAAAUUGACAACUUUUUUGCAAAUUUAUCAGUAUUGGUGGCUUCGGCUAAACUCGAUUCGCAAAUAAACUGGACCAAACAUAAAAAAAUCAUCGCGAUUUUGCAACGUUUGGGGUACACCACUGAUGUAUUGAUGGCUCAGUUGGCACAACCUUGCGAGCAAAUGAUUUCCGAUUGUUUCUGGAAUUCCAAACAGAGCAAUUGUAGCGACAUUUUCACUCUCGUGAAGACAACAAGCGGUUAUUGCUGUUCUUUUAAUUACAAGGGAAUCAAAACUGAUCACCCCAACUUUCGGGAGAUUUACGCAAAUGGGGUCGGGCCGUCUUUUGGCCUUUCCGUCCGUCUUCAUGCGGAGGAAAACCAGUAUUUAUCGUCUGUGACUAAGACUUACGGAAUUGAUGUUUCGGUUCAUGAAAAUAUAAAAUAUCCUGAUUUGUCUAUUUACAGUACUACAAUACGGGCAGGGAGCGAAGUUUCGUUACCUGUCCGGCCCGAAAUAAUACAAAGUGAGGACAGUGUUAAAGAUACAGAUAUAACGACCCGAGGAUGCGCUUUUUCCGAUGAAAUCAAACUGAGCUGGUCACACAAUUACAGUUACGCCACUUGCAUAAACCAGUGUAAGGCAAGAGCGAUUAAAAAAUUGUGCGGUUGCGUACCGUACUAUUAUUAUCCAGUCUUUGGCAAAAGUAAAUAUUGUACGCUUCUUGAUAUCACGUGUGUUAAAACAAAUCAUGUCAGAUAUAAGAAUUCGGAAAUUGAAUUGCAGACGCAGAAAGGUCACCACGCUUUCGUCAAGUGUCAGUGCUAUCCGCAGUGCAACGAAAUUUCGUAUUCUUAUCAAUUAGAUCAAGAACAGUUAAAAAUCUCCGAAAAUGAACCAAAAUCAAACGAGAGCGUUUUGCAAGUGUAUUUCGAGAAAGCCUCUUGCACAAAAUUGCAAAGAAGCGUCCUAAUAACUUGGGAAUUGAUUCUCGGUACAAAAAUUCUCGUGAAUUGCGGACGAAAGUAUUAGGAGGUGAA